AAAGCCGCCGCAUAUGAUUCUCCAACUGCCGAACCAACAAUCUAAUCUCUCCCGGCCAAGCUUGAUCAAGACUUAGCAACGUGCAUCUUAGCACACUGCUGUUGCGCUGGAGACCGCCAACUUUUGGCCAACGGCCAAUCUGUUCCUGAGCUGGCCGUCGUCAACGUCGCAAGAUCACCGCUGUUGAGCAAUACCAAUUGCGAUUACCCCUGCCAUUUAUUUGGCAGCCAACAUGGGACUUGAGAUUUCGCACAAUUCGUUGCAAGAAACAUGUUUUAUUCUGGCUAUUGUCGGCGUGGUGCUGGCGAUUACAGCUACUGCUCUCCGGUUUGUAGCUGUGCGCCGAAGCAAUCGCAAGCCUAGCUGGGAGGACUGGUUCGCCGUUUUAGCUACUUUCUUCUUCAUCUUAUAUGUGAUCCCACUUCUAUAUCUCUUGUCUGUGAUGAACGGCAAAGAUACCUGGUCAAAAGCCGAGGUGGUCAAAAUUAAAAAGGCCGGAUACUCCAUGGGCCCUCAAUUCUGCAUGCAACAAUUAUUUGCGAAACUCAGCAUUCUAUUCCUAUACCACCGACUAUUCCACGUCAAUGAAAGGUUCCUUUACUGUGUUUGGUUUCUCGGCGCAGUGCAGGUAGCUUGGUCUAUUGCGACUUACCUGGUGCACUGGCUCGAAUGCAUGCCGCCACAAAGGCUCUGGAACCCAGAACUGCCAGGGACGUGCAUCAAUAGCCCGGCUUUUCUUGCUGCGGGAGAGACACCCAAUUCCCUUGUGGAUUUUGCUCUUAUCGGGCUUGCCAUUUGGAUGGUUCAAUCGUUGAGGGUGAAGACAUUAGUGAAGGCGAAAUUGUUUGUAAUCUUCAUUGUCGGUGGGUUAGCCGGUGUUCUCGGUUUCGUCAAGAUCGGCUACGGGUUUGGUGCGACAAGUAAAUCCAAAGUUGAAGUCCUCGAUCCUAUCUGGGCUACGGUUCAACAAACAUGCAGCGUGAUAUGUUGCUGUGCACCAUUCUACAAAAACCUGAUCCCCGAAAUUAAACUUUUCUCAUUUAUCCAGUCACUUACAAGUUCAAUGUUCUCGAGGAGUAGGAGUUCGAAAUCCGGAACCAAUCAACAAGAUAAAGUGGACACAUUUCCAAAUUCAAUCAGCAGAGGGCGGCAGCGUCCGAAUAAUGAAUGGCUUGAACUGGAUGGGAAUAGUUCCCGAAAGGGAUCACUUCCUCCAGUCUAGUUAUUGUCCGAUUUUGAUUCCCAUUUCUGUUUCUGAGAGUCAGUUGAUACGAUAGGAGUCUAAGGGUUUGUUUUCGGGGAUAUGUUUUCAUAGGUCACGAUUAGGAUUCAUACGAGUCAUACGAAUAAUAUUAUGUACAAUUA